CAGUUACCUAAAUAUCAUAAAGAUGUUGGCUAAAAUUGGUUUGGUUGCUAUUUUGUGCUCAGUGGUAUUAGCAGCUCCUCCUGAGGAUGCAGGUGCAAGAACCUUGUUCAAGAAAAAACACCAAGGAUUUGGAGGUGGAGGAUUUGGAGGAGGCUAUGGUGGCUACUAUCCUCCUCCUUAUCCAUAUCCUCCGUACGGAGGUUAUCCAAGCUAUGGAGGUUACCCUGGCUAUGGAGGAUACCCAGGCUAUGGAGGCUAUGGUGGAUACCCAGGAUACGGUGGCUAUCCAGGAUACGGGGGUUACCCAGGAUACGGUGGAUACCCAUAUUACCAAUCUGGACAAGUCAGCGGCAACUUUGCUUCUGCAUCUGCUGGACCACAUGGAGGAUCUCAAGCCCAAACUGGAUCGCUUAGUGAAAUAUAUAAUGAUGGUGCUUGAACUGUGAUGUGAUAUUUAUUUUAUUUAAUUAUUUAAUGUAUUGUUAAUUUAUUUAAUAAAAU